CAGGCUAACAAGAAAAUGAACAACAAUAUUCAUUCAACAAGCUUAAUCGCUGGUGUUUACAUUUUUGCAACACUAUGUAUCGCAUAUCAAGUAAAUGCGGAACCAGUAACAGCAAAAACAAAUCAAUAUUUAGAUCAAUUACAUCAAGUUAUGGGACCACCACCAACUACCGAUUCGUACUGUAUGCGUGAUCGUCCAUAUGAUAUGGGUAUGUCGUGUCAAGCAUCAAAUGUUGGGAGUUUUAUGGCUGCUGCUGAGAAAUAUUUACGAGGUGAAACUACUUUGGUUGAUGAAUCUUCAUGUGUACCAUCCAGUGAUGAUAGAUCCACCUACGUCGAUUUUGUGGUUGUUGGCUCAGGUGCCGCAGGUUCUGUAGUUGCACGUCGCUUAGCUGAACAGCGCUAUGUCGUGUUAUUACUAGAAGCAGGAGGUCCAGCACCAAUUGGCACACAAAUUCCUGGUACAUAUUUCCAAUAUCUUGGAAAUCCACAAAUUGAUUGGAAUUUCCCAUUGGAGAAAGAAGAUAACGCUUGCUUGUCUUAUGGCGGUGUUUGUCAUUAUCCAAGAGGAAAAGUAAUGGGUGGUACAACUCAAUUACAUGGUAUGAUGUACAUGCGAGGUUAUCCACAAGAUUUUAAUGAUUUUAAUUUAACGGGUUGGACAUGGGAUGAUGUAAUGCCAUAUUAUCUUAAAUCAGAAGACAAUACUCAAAUUGGAACACAUGCCGAUCCUGGUUAUCACGCAACUGGUGGAUUAUUAACCGUUUCAAGAUUCCCAGAUCAUCCUAAUAUUUCGAUUGAUAUAAUGAAAGCAGCUCAUGAAUUAGGUUAUGAAGUGGAUCAAGACUUAAAUGGUAAAAGUCGUGUUGGUUUUACAUUAGCACAAGCAACUGUACGAAAUGGUGAACGUUUAUCAGUAGCCCGAGCAUUUCUUUAUGAUGCUUUGCCACGAUUACCAAAUUAUUUGAAAGUUCGUCCCAACUCACAAGUCACAAAAAUAUUGUUCGAUGAUAAUAAAAAUGCCAUUGGUGUGGAAUAUAUCAAAAACGGCAUUCAAUAUACCGUUCGUGCUCGCAAAGAGGUUAUUAUAUCAGCGGGUGCCAUACAAUCUCCACAAUUGCUAAUGUUAUCCGGGAUUGGACCAAAAGACCAUCUUCAAAGUUUUGGUCUUGACAUAGUCAAAGAUUUACCUGGUGUUGGUCAAAAUUUACAAAAUCAUGGUUCAUUUAGUGUUAUAUUCAAAGUGAAAAAUGAUAAGGGUGAAAAUCAAAUGAACAUUGACACUUUACAACAGUUUAUACAAAAUCGUACAGGACCCUUAACUUCAACAGGAAUGUCACAAUUAACUGGAUUUUUAUAUUCGCAAUUUGCUAAUCCAUCAACUGACGCAGCCGAUAUGCAAAUGUUCUUUGCCGGAUAUUUAGCCAAUUGUUCUGCAGAUGGGCAACCAGAUUCAUUAACCAUUCCAAACUAUCCGCAACGAUUAAUAAGUAUGACACCAACUUUAUUACGGCCAAAAUCAAUUGGUUAUAUACAACUUCGAUCACCAAAUCCAUUUGCAUACCCAAAGAUUUUUGCACAUCUAUUGAAUGAUCCUGAGGACGUGACAGUAAUUUUAGAUGGUGUUCGAUUGGCACAGAAAUUGGCUAAAACCAAUGCCCUUAAAGAUUUGAUUGAACAAGAUGAUACACCAGUGCAAGCUUGUAUUGAUAGAGGACUAGAAUAUGAUUCCGACCAUUACUGGGACUGUGCUAUUCGUCAUUUAACUAAUCCAGAAAAUCAUCAAGUUGGAACUUGUAAAAUGGGAGUUGAUGGUGAUGCAAUGGCCGUUACUGAUGAAGAAUGUCGAGUACGUGGUGUGAAAAACUUACGUGUAGUAGAUGCAAGUAUUUUCCCAGCGGUUCCAAGUGGUAAUUUAAAUGCACCUACAAUAAUGGUUGGUGAAAAAUGUUCAGACGCGAUAAUUAAAUCAUGGGAUAAUAAUUUUUAUGGAAAAGGAAAUGGACUUUUUGACAAACUUAAAUAAUUAGAACUAUCAUAAUACGUUAAAUAAAUUACUGAAU